CAGUCGCUUUCGCAAGCAGUUUACAGUAGGAGAUCUGAAUACACACAACCGAAGAAUAUCAAAAUCAAGGUCGGCACUUGGAAUGCUGCAGCUUACAAAGGCGCUGAAAAAGAUAUCGCUUGGUUUAUUGAUGGAAAAGGAAUUUCUGAGGGUCUGACUGAUCUUACCGUAUCGGACAAUUCUGAAUCGCAGGACGAUGCGGUAGCGGAAUACCGAAGCUCACUGGACGAUCGCGAAGGCGUGGAAGAUCAAGAAGCGCGCUAUGCGAGGAAGAAGUCCACACUACCGCAUGAUGACCCUAGUCUACUACCUGGUGGCGACGAUAUUGGUCUCUAUCUCCUAGGACUUCAGGAAAUUGUGGAUGUUAACUCUGCUGCUGAGGCACUGAGACCGUACACGGAUCCUUCGGUAGCACAGAAAUGGAAAAGCGAGAUGGAAGCUCAUCUGCCCAAAGGGUACAAGUUUGUUGCAGAGCAGCAGCUCAUAGGCAUGUUGUUGCUCAUAUAUGCCUCAGACGACGUGGCUGCGGACAUCAAAUCUGUCAGCACGACCAGUGUUGGCACAGGUUUGAUGGGAUAUAUGGGCAACAAGGGCGCCGUCACAGCUCGUAUCGUCCUUGGAGAAACCACUCGCCUUGUUUUUGUCAACGCACACCUUGCUGCUGGAACAGACAAAGGUGCUGUUGAACGCAGAAACUGGGACUAUUCACAAAUCAUGAGUCGCACCAAGUUCGAGCCCAUCCAGGACUCUAUGGACCUUUCACAAAACAUCGGCGAAGGCAUUGAUGACGCUGACUUUGCUUUCUUUGUUGGAGACCUCAACUACCGACUUGAGGGUAUUCCUGGCGAAGAUGUGCGUCGCUUGUUGAUGCUUCACACUCGUAAUGAGUACGACCUGUCAAAGAAACAGGGCAAGAAGGUCGAGAAGGAGAUUGCACAGAACCAAGCCUCUAUUGAAAGGCGAAGAGAGAACAGGAUGUCGACUGACUCUGGAGUAUCUCAAGUCUCUAUUGUCAGGUCUCGCGAGGAGCAAGAAAGUAUAGAAGAGGAAGACCUGGAACCAGAAGAUGUGCUGGAUCCUGCUAGCGAUCCUGCAUCGUUACAUACCACUUUGUCGUCUCUACUACCACACGACGAGUUACAUCAACAACAAAAGGCGAAAAAUGCCUUCCAGGGCUGGCAAGAAGGACCAAUCACAUUCUUGCCAACUUACAAAUACGAUGCUGGAAGUGUUGGCGUUUUUGAUUCGAGUGAGAAGAGACGCGCACCCAGUUGGUGUGAUCGUAUUUUGUGGCGCACAAGACGCGACAUGCUUGCGUACGAGAGCCAAGUUGCCGAGGAAGCAGAUGCCAGAAAAAAGGAUGAGGAGAUGAAGAACAGCGGUCUCGAUGAAGCAGGCAAGGAUGAUGAGAUGCUAUACGACUACGAUCCCGACGAAGAUGCCGACGAAGCUGGCGCAUACGACGACGCAUAUGAUGAUGCUCCAGAAGGAACAGUCAUCACCAAAGAAGGGUUUGCUGAUGAGAUUAGACUGGAAGCGUAUGUGGCGCAUCAGAGAGUCCUGUCUUCCGACCACAAGCCAUUGGAUGCUGUGUUCUCGUUCAAGUAUGAUGCCGUCGUACCAGAACUGAAGUCAAAAAUCCAUCAAGAAGUCGCGCGGGAGUUGGACAGAGCAGAGAACGAAGGUCGACCAAACGUGACAGUCGUGGCCGAUCGUCCACAUUCUAAUGAAGAAGGCAUUUCUGACGACGAUCCACUCAAAUUCGAAGGUGUAUGGUUUGGCCAAGUCAGAUAUGCUAUGCACAAGCACCGAAGCCUUACCAUAGCAAACACAGGUCAAGUCCCCGCAACCGUCUACUUCAUUGACAGACCAGUAGGUCCUGGUCAAGACCCAGGUCUUUGUCCUAGUUGGGUGUCGCUCAAGAUCGACGACGGCUCCGGAAAGCUAUCUUCUGACAUGGGCAAGCGCACACUCGAGCCAGGUCAAGCCUUCAAUGUCGAGCUGGAGCUGCGUAUCCUUGAUCUCGGUCUAGCGAGAGCUUUCAACGAAGGUAUCAAAUCUCUGGAAGAUAUACUCGUUCUACGUGUCGAGAAUGGCCGUGACCAUUUCAUCCCUCUGCGCGGCACAUGGCUGGAAUCAUCACUUGGCCAUUCCAUUUCAAAGCUCAUUCGUAUACCUGAAGGCGGAAUUCGCAGGUUGCAGCGACAGAAACCGGAUAGCGGAAAGACCAAAUCCGGCAGUGUGUCUUCUGGCUCUGUUUUGGACGAUGACGAGGCAACACCUGUAAGAUGGUCUGCGCCUCGUGAGCUGUUCAGGCUGACGGAGGUGAUAGAGGAACUGACCGUUCGCGUCACCGCCGAAUGGGCCAUGUUGAAUGACUCUACCGUUCGACCUCCCUGGGAGAAAUCUGCUGGAUGGCCAUUUGCAGCUGCCUCGUGGAUCCUCGAGGACAAAGCCCAACGAAACGAUAUCCUUGCUGAUAUUGGCGAGGCUCUAGAUACUGAUUCUGCUUUUGACACAAACCUUCCCCCUACUCUCACUCAUCUGCAGAAACUAGAAUGUCUUGCUGAAUAUCUGGUGCUCUUCGUCUCUGCCAUGCACGAAGGGGUCGUAACACCACAACUCUGGCAUUCGCUAGACGAGGGGCUCCGCAAACAAGAAAAACUGAAACAAUCCCAACAGGCGAAAGACGAAGAUGUACGUACUUGGAGUCAAGAGAUCUUGAGUUCAUCACCAGCACACUCGAUCGCUUUUAUCCUUGUUGCUUCCAUGUUGGAUCGUAUCACUUCUGAG